GGGAGCUGGUGGCUGCCGGGAGCAGUGAAUCGCGAGGAGCCGGCUGGGGCGGCGUGUCUGGAGCGUCGGAGGCGGGAACCGGAACGCGGACUGAGGGGGUUCCUUUCAAAAGGACCGGCGCUCUCUGAGGGGGCGGGGGACGGCCUCCAAGACGCGGUGGCCCGCGCUUUUGGGGCGUUCCGCCUGGCGGUCUGCCCAUGGUAUUGAAGACAGAUGUGAAGAUCUGGCCCCGGCCCCAGCAAGUUGUGGGUUUAGCAAAAGAAUGUUGGAAUGUGCCUCGGAGCUGCGUCCGCCACCCCCGCCCGCGCCGCGGCCAGUGAAAUAUAGUGUCGUCAUGUCCGGAAUCAAGCGAACAAUCAAGGAAACUGACCCUGAUUAUGAGGAUGUAUCUGUGGCCCUUCCAAAUAAACGGCAUAAAGCAAUUGAGAAUUCAGCUCGAGAUGCUGCCGUGCAGAAGAUUGAGACUAUUAUUAAAGAACAGUUUGCUCUUGAAAUGAAGAAUAAGGAACAUGAAAUUGAAGUCAUUGACCAGCGACUGAUUGAAGCAAGAAGGAUGAUGGAUAAACUCCGUGCCUGCAUUGUAGCAAACUAUUAUGCUUCUGCAGGUCUUCUAAAAGUUUCUGAGGGAUCAAAGACAUGUGAUACAAUGGUUUUUAACCAUCCUGCUAUCAAGAAAUUUUUGGAAUCACCAUCUAGAUCAUCAUCUCCUGCUAAUCAGAGAUCAGAAACACCAUCGGCCAAUCAUUCAGAAAGUGAUUCUUUAUCUCAACAUAAUGACUUCUUAUCUGACAAAGAUAAUAACAGCAAUCUGGAUAUAGAGGAAAGACUCUCAAACCACAUGGAGCAGAGACAAAGCCGAAAUCCUGGAAGGGACAUGUCUAGUGUUCUUAGCUCCCAUAAAACAGAUCCACGGAAUGCUGAUCUCACAGGAGAUGAGACUUCACGACUUUUUGUAAAGAAAACAAUAGUAGUAGGCAAUGUGUCCAAGUAUAUACCUCCAGAUAAGAGGGAAGAAAAUGACCAGUCAACCCAUAAGUGGAUGGUGUAUGUCCGAGGGUCUCGUAGAGAACCCAGCAUUAAUCAUUUUGUCAAGAAAGUUUGGUUCUUCCUUCAUCCCAGCUAUAAACCAAAUGACCUUGUGGAAGUUAGAGAGCCUCCUUUUCACCUGACCAGAAGAGGCUGGGGUGAGUUUCCUGUCAGAGUUCAAGUUCACUUUAAGGACAGCCAGAACAAACGGAUAGAUAUCAUACAUAAUCUGAAGCUGGACAGAACUUACACUGGCUUGCAGACUCUGGGAGCAGAGACGGUAGUGGACGUGGAACUCCAUCGGCAUUCUCUUGGUGAAGACUACAUUUAUCCUCAGUCCUCUGAGUCAGACAUCUCUGAUGCGCCUCCAUCUUUGCCUCUGACCAUUCCAGCCCCUGUGAAAGCUUCUUCACCAAUAAAGCAGUCACAUGAACCCAUAUCUGAUAGCGCUGGGGAAAAAGGGUUUCCAACUAGCAGUGAAGCUGAGAGACCCACUACAUUUUAUUCUUUGCCAUCUUCUUUGGAAAGAACACCCACAAAAGUGACAGCAUCACAGAAAGUUACCUUUUGUUCUCAUGGCAAUUCAGCUUUUCAGCCAAUAGCAUCAAGCUGCAAAAUAGUGCCACAAAGUCAGGUUCCUAAUCCUGAGUCACCUGGAAAAUCCUUCCAGCCUAUCACAAUGAGCUGUAAAAUUGUCUCAGGUUCCCCAAUCUCGACUCCAAGUCCAUCACCAUUGCCUCGAACACCAACUUCCACUCCAGUUCAUGUAAAACAAGGCCCUGCCAGCUCUGUAAUUAAUAAUCCUUAUGUUAUCAUGGACAAGCCUGGACAGGUUAUUGGAGCUGCUACUCCCAGUACAGGAAGUCCUACAAACAAGCUCUCCACGACUUCUCAGGUCUCCCAAGGGACAGGUUCCCCUAUUCCUAAAAUUCAUGGAAGUAGUUUUGUAACGUCUACUGUCAAGCAGGAGGAUUCUUUGUUUGCAUCCAUGCCACCUCUCUGCCCAAUUGGGAGUCACCCUAAGGUUCAAAGCCCUAAACCUAUAACUGGAGGACUUGGAGCUUUCACAAAAGUGAUCAUCAAGCAGGAACCCGGGGAAGCCCCUCACAUGCCCACAGCAGGAGCUACCAACCAGUCGCCGCUCCCUCAGUAUGUGACUGUGAAAGGGGGUCACAUGAUAGCUGUAUCCCCUCAAAAACAGGGUAUAACUGCUGGAGAAGGGACCACCCAGUCACCAAAGAUUCAGCCCUCCAAGGUUGUUGGGGUACCAGUUGGAUCUACUCUGCCUUCGACAGUGAAACAGGCUGUGGCAAUCAGUGGUGGCCAAAUCCUCGUGGCCAAGGCCAGCUCUUCUGUUGCCAAAGCUGUUGGUCCAAAGCAAGUUGUGACCCAAGGAGUUGCCAAAGCAAUUGUGAGUGGAGGUGGAGGAACCAUCGUUGCUCAGCCGGUGCAGGCCUUAACCAAGGCUCAGGUCACUACUGCUGGCCCUCAGAAAAGUGGAUCCCAGGGCUCAGUAAUGGCAACAUUGCAGCUACCAGCCACCAACUUAGCCAACCUGGCAAAUUUGCCUCCAGGCACUAAACUGUACCUUACAACAAACAGCAAGAACCCUUCUGGAAAAGGAAAACUACUGCUGAUCCCUCAGGGAGCCAUCCUGCGCGCUACCAACAAUGCCAACCUGCAGUCUAGCUCAGCUGCUGGUGCUGCUGGUGCUGGUGCUGCUGGAGGAGGCGGUGGUGCUGGAGGAGGCAGCGGAAGUGGCGGGGGAGGAGCAGCAGGAGGAGGAGGAGCGGGAGGAACCCAGAGCAGUGGCGGCCCUGGUGGGAUAUCCCAGCACCUGACCUACACAUCUUACAUCCUCAAGCAGACGCCCCAGGGUACAUUUUUGGUUGGCCAGCCAUCACCCCAGACAUCUGGAAAACAACUGACCACUGGCUCAGUGGUGCAAGGAACCCUGGGAGUCAGCACAUCCUCUACACAGGGACAACAAACACUCAAAGUCAUCUCUGGACAGAAAACUACUUUGUUUACACAGGCAGCUCCUGGGGGACAGGCAUCUCUAAUGAAAAUAUCUGAUAGUACCUUGAAGUCUGUGCCCGCUGCCUCACAACUCUCCAAGCCUGGAACCACGAUGCUCAGAGUAGCAGGAGGAGUCAUCACAGCUGCUGCCUCCCCAGCCAUGGCCCUGUCAGCAAAUGGUCCUGCACAGCAGGCGGAAGGAACAGCUCCAGGUUCGUCAGCUUCUAUCAGUUCUGUAAUGAAAACAUCUGGGCAGCAGCAGGUGUGUGUGAGCCAGGCGACUGUGGGAACCUGCAAGGCUACCACCCCCACCGUCGUCAGUGCCACAUCCCUGGUGUCUACACCAAACCCCAUCUCUGGGAAAGCCACAGUAUCGGGGUUGUUGAAGAUUCACUCCAGCCAGUCCAAUCCCCAGCAGGCUGUCCUGACGAUUCCUAGCCAGCUCAAACCACUCAGUGUAAACACAUCUGGAGGCGUGCAGACUAUUCUGAUGCCUGUGAAUAAAGUGGUUCAGUCAUUUUCUACCAACAAGUCACCUACCAUUCUGCCUAUAGCUGCACCAACUCCAGUCGUCCCCAGCUCUGCUCCAGCAGCUGUGGCAAAAGUGAAGACUGAACCCGAAACACCUGGGCCCAGCUGCCUCUCACAGGAGGGUCAGACAGCAGUGAAAACAGAAGAAAGUUCUGAGCUGGGAAACUAUGUCAUUAAGAUAGACCAUUUAGAGACUAUCCAGCAACUCUUAACAGCAAUAGUAAAGAAGAUUCCAUUAAUCACUGCAAAAAGUGAAGAUGCCAGCUGCUUUUCUGCAAAAUCCGUGGAGCAGUAUUAUGGCUGGAACAUCGGCAAAAGGAGAGCUGCCGAGUGGCAAAGAGCAAUGACAAUGCGAAAAGUCUUACAAGAAAUACUGGAGAAGAAUCCGAGAUUUCACCACCUGACUCCUCUUAAAACCAAGCACAUUGCUCACUGGUGUCGCUGCCAUGGCUACACCCCACCAGACCCCGAGAGCCUGAGGCACGAUGGGGACUCCAUUGAGGACGUGCUGACCCAGAUCGACAGUGAGCCUGAGUGCCCAUCGUCAUUCUCCUCUGCUGACAACCUCUGCCGCAAACUGGAGGACCUGCAGCAGUUUCAGAAGAGAGAGCCGGAGAACGAGGAGGAGGUGGACAUCCUUACCCUCUCAGAGCCGCUGAAGACGAACAUCAAAAAGGAGCACGAGGAGAAACAGGAGGAAAUGAAAUUCUACCUGCCACCAACGCCGGGGUCUGAGUUCAUCGCCGACGUCGCACAGAAGAUUGGGAUCGUCCUGCAGCCUGUGGAGCUCCACAAGAACGUGUACGCCUCGGUGCUGGAGGACAUGCUCUUGAAGGCUACAGAGCAGCUGGUGAACGACAUCCUGAGGCAGGCUCUGGCGGUUGGAUACCAGACAGCAUCUCACAACAGGAUUCCCAAAGAAAUCACCGUGAGUAAUAUUCACCAGGCCAUUUGCAACAUCCCUUUCCUGGACUUCCUCACGAACAAACACAUGGGCAUCCUGCACGAGGACCAGUGAAUGGAUGAAGCUCCAGAGCCUGUGGGCUGCGAAGACUUCUGAGUGGGGGAGGAGGCUGCUUUCCUUUGCCUAGAACAUCAUGGCCACCAAACCACGGCCUCUCCCCGAUUCACGUAACACCAGUGCCGGUGCCAGGUGCAAUCCUUUCAGGACAGGGGUUUGUUCCAGACUCUGGAGUGGAGCUGUGAAUGGACACAUGCUCUGUGGCUUGCAUUUCUCCACUCCGCAAAGGUUCCAGGAGGGUGUCGCAGAGGUGGGCCAGGCUGUAUCAGGCCCUCUCUGCUCUGGGUGGACUCAAGGGGGCACCUUGGUCCUGGCUCCCGGGGACGUGAGUCUGGCAGGCUGGAACUGGACCCUUUCUGUGGGCUGGGUUACGGGCACCCCCGGCAGUUUCCCUGAAGAGGGAGGGACUUCAGCACUCAGCCAGGGGGUCGCCACUCCUGCCUGGCCUCGGCCUGGAGCCGCUGCACUUUUAGCCUAGGUGAGUCAGCUGUGGUAAGAGGUGCCGUAUGCCGAGAGAGCCAGAGGGGCCCAGGAGGCCGCAGCCUGAGCUGGAUUCUUUUUUCUGGGCGCACAGGAGCAUUAGUGGCAGCGAGCAUCAGAGCACUGUCACAGGGACCGAUCCCAGCGCCGGCCCGGGAAGGACAAGGUCUGACUGGGACCCACGCAGCCCUUCCUGCGUAACGGACAGCGUCUGUAGGGCCUGGGGACUUGGCCGAAUUGCGUGCCCAGCAGAGAGCCGACCGCCGCCAUUUGUGUGGUCUGCUGGAGUUUCUGGUGCCAGGUGGAGUGGCCGUGGGGAGCCGCCCUGGACAGGCUCUGCUGGGACCGUUGGUUCUCUGUGGAUUUAGCAGCUUGUUCUGUCUGAAGGAGUCCUUCCUGAGAAGAGAAGUGUGACAGAAACACCUGUGAGUGCCUUAACAUUAGCUGGAGAAAGACUCGCCCAGGCCCGGAGAUAGGGCUGCAGCGCUCGGAAGGCACGCGCCCAGCCGGGAGGUAGGGAGGAGGAGGGUCGGUGGUGCCCUGGACGAUGUCCCGUUCCUUCGGAGAUGCUGCGUGUGUGGACGGUGAAGGACAGACUUACUCCCAGUUAGAAAUCUGCGUGCACUCUGCCCAGGGAAAACGUGAGGCCUGUGGGUGAGAGGAGCAGCCACGUGACGGAAUCCGAGCUGCAAUUCUGCUUUGGGCGCUGCAGAUGCGAGUUCUCGCGGGGGCACAGGACGGCCCGGCUUAGUAAGUAGUGCGGCAGUCGGGCUGCUGUCCUCUCAAGGUUGCUGGGCGGGCAUGUGGAGUCACCUGGCGAGUGCUGGAGAGCCCAGGUGGCCGGUGUGGUUGGUGAGAGAACAGAUUAGUUUAUGACAGGCAUGGAAGCCUAAAGAAGUUACCUUUUUGGGAAAAAAUAUUAAGUGAUUUUAACAGUCUGUGUGUUAAUGUUUCAGAUGUAUUUGUAUCAACUAUAACAAUUGUGUAACAAAUGUCUACAAUAAAUCUUUUAGUAUUUGUGCUGGC